CUUUCCUGUUGUUGAUGAACCGCGAGACGCUAGAGUUGACGCAAUAACGCGAUCAUCCACGUAGCGGAAUUGUUCGGAAGCCUGUAACAUAAGGGACCGAAAUCGGUACAAGCUCACUUGGCACAGUCUUUCUUGAUCGGACUAUCACGACUUCAUUAUUCUCCAAUGUGGUAGGAGUGAUAAGAUGGGCGCACGCGUCCUUGGACCUGCAAUCGUUUCCAAGAUAGCACCGAGACUACCGCCAUCAUCAUGGCAGUCGGAGGGUACGCCGAUUCAGCUACAGUGGUUGCGGUUUGCGUCACGAUGAGCACAAUCGCCGCCGCGGCUGUAGCUAUGCGUAUCUAUGCCAGGUUUGCAAUCGCAAAGAAUGCUGGAUGGGACGAUGGCUUCAUCGUCUUCUCUUCCGCCAAUUCAUGGGUGCUCACCAGCACCGCCAUCUGGCUAGUCAAGGCCGGAAUGGGAAAGCACGAAGCUGACCUGAGUUACUCCGAAGCUGAAGAGAAUCUCAAGGCCUUGUGGACUUCCAUCAUCAUUUACAACCUCGGUCUCACCUGCACCAAAAUGUCAAUCCUCCUCCAAUACCAACGAAUCUUCCCUCAAAGAGGCUUUCGAAUUGCAAACUGGACGAUGAUGCUUGAACUCAAUGGUCCGACUACGGCAAAUCGAUUCGCAAGUGCCGGUCUCAACAUAGCCACCGACAUCGCCAUCACAAUCCUCCCCCUACCCCUCCUAAACAAACUUGAAAUCCCCAAACGACAAAAACGCACUCUCAUAGCCGUCUUCGGCCUCGGAGGCGUAGUCUGCAUAAUCUCCAUCCUUCGCCUCUACGCCAUCUACGUCGUCUGGAAUUCCCAAGACGUAUCACACGACAACGGCAUGGCAUCAAUCUGGUCAAAUCUCGAAUUUUUCCGGAAUCGGAGUUAUGGAUCUGCGAGACGAUCACCUGGUGCUUCGAGGGAGGUGGCGAGGAAUUCCUGGUCCGCGAAGCUGGAAUAUGGUGCACGUUUUCAUGUUCGUCCGCCGGUGCCGAGUUUGGAUCGGGAGAUAUUUGGACAUGAGGAUCGGAUUGACUUGGCUACUGUGCAUGCCAAGCGGGACGGUCUCGACACUGCGAUGGAUGAUAAUCAGAGGCCUGCUAGUCCGACGGACAGCUUACGAGGGCUGGUUCGGAAGCCUGCUGAAGUGGUUUGAGUAGCUUGAAGUGAACGAUAAACAGAACAUGGAAGAUUGGCCUGCUUUAAGCCAU